GUAAGGUUGAAGAGUCCGAAUUUGAACAUCAGUCAGUGUCCUGAUUAAAUGAGUAAAAGAUACGGAGAAGCUAGAAGCUGCAGAAAUUGGUUCAGCGCAGUUCUUGGUCUUAAAACUCUGAAAGAGUCUCAGAAGAGUGUUUGAGUCUGAAGUAAUUCAGCCUGACUGAAAGUUUCAGAAAAUUCACUGACUCAUUUUGUUUCUGGAAAACUUUACAGUGACUCAGACGAAAAAGAAGAAGAAGAAGAAGAAGAAGAAGAAGAAAGAGAAGGAGAAGAAGAGGUCAAAUACAGAUAAACUGACCUUGAAUCUGAUUGGCUCCCUGUGGACGUCAUGCUGGAGACGGUUUCAAUGAAAAACCAGAGUUGCGUGCCACCGUACGACGCUGGCAGCCUGCCUCUGACGAUGCUGUACAGCUCCGUGUUUAUCGUUGGUCUGCCCACCAACCUGCUGACGGUUCUCCUCACCUGGCUGCAGGUUCGCAGGAAGAACGUGUUGGGCAUUUACCUGUUUGGCCUGUCGCUGUGUGACCUUACCUACCUGGGCACGCUGCCUGUGUGGGCGGACUACGUCUUCCAUGGACACAGCUGGCGGUGGAGUUCAGUCGCCUGCAAGCUGACGGGUUACAUUUUCUUCAACAACAUGUACAUCAGCAUCUUCCUGCUCUGCUGCAUCUCCUGUGACCGCUACAUUGCCGUCGUCUACAGCGUGGAGUCCCGCGGCCUGCGGCGGGGACGCCACGCUAUCCUCAUCACCCUCACCAUCGUCCUGGUGGUGGCCCUCGGUCACAUCCCUGUCUUUACCAUGAAGGAGGGCAACGCCACCGAGGGAUCACGGCGCUGCUUUGAGCCAAGUCAGAGUAGCGCCACGGUGACUGGCUUUAGCUACGCCCGCUUCAUCAUCGGUUUUCUGAUCCCGCUGCUGCUGCUUGUGGUGACAAACCGCGGCAUCCUGGUCAACGUACAGCGCAGCACGGGGCUGAGGGAGGAGCAGAAGCAGCGCGUCCGGCAGCUGGCGGUGGCUGUGGUGGUCCUGUUCCUGGUCUGCUUCGCCCCAUACCACGUGAUCCUCCUGAUCCGAGCCAUCAUCUUCCAUUUCCCCCACCUGGAGGACGGCACCUGUCUGUUCGAGACGACCAUGUACACCCCCUACACCAUCUCCCUCGGCCUGUCCACCAUCAACAGCGCCAUCAACCCAAUCCUCUACGUCCUGUCCAGUGACAACAUACGCAAGGAGCUGAGCCGAGGACUUGCACAGUUCUGCGGCCGAGCGAUGCUCCGACCGCGAUCCAACAGCAGCCAGAACAAGAUCCAGCCUUCCAACAACUCCUUAGAGCUGCACAUUGGGACCGAGACCGAGAGACAGACAGCAGGAACACCACCAGGGUCCUGAUGGACCGGCCUCCACAGGACCCAACAAAACACUGUCCGCAGGCCGGCGUCUUAAGUACGACCAGCACUGCAGGGUCAUCCAGAACAUACUGCUGGACUCUGCUGCAGCAAACAUCAUGGAGUCUAGUGGGGUCACCUCUGAGGAGCAGGACUGAGAGCAGAACCAGAAGAUGGUGAGAAGUCUGUUCAUGGGCCAAAGUGAUGGACGCAUGUAUGAACAUGUACCAGGACAAACUGAGUCCGAAACAGUCAAAGGAACUUAAAUGAAUUUUUUAUUGCUGUUUUUACCUGAAAUCACUGUGAUGCUUGUUGUUGUUGUUGUUGUUGUUGUUGUUGUUGUUGUUGUUGUUGUAGACUUCUUCUAGUUAAUAGUUUAAUUCCAUUGAUGAUUAAAAUGAUUACAAAAAGCA